AUGAAGAACCUAAUGUAUCGUUAUUUCAUGAAGAAUCGAACCUACCGUUUUGUGAAUGUUUUGCAAGACUUGGUAAACAGUUACAACAAUAGACCUCACAGAUCAUUAGGUGGGAAUGCUCCAACCAAUGUGAACCAAGAAAAUGUCGAUGAAAUAAGACUCGAGUCUUAUCUUUCGGGGAAUGUCAGAAUAUCACAACUAAAAUACCCUUUUCAAAGAGACUACCAACAGAAAUGGACAGAAAAGUUUUUUAAAGUGAGUGAAAGAUACAAACGCGGUCAAUUACCUGUGUACAAGUUAAAAGAUUUAGCAGACGACCCUAUAGAAGGUACAUUCUAUGAGCCUGAGCUUCAAAAAGUCAUAAAGUCAGAAGACGUUUCUUAUAGAGUGGAGAAAAUUCUUAAAAGAAGACGUCGUGGUAAAGCCAAGGAGGUUUAUCUUUGA